CUCAUCUACCCCAUUUUUGUCACGUGAGUGCGCCCUGGCUCUCUGGGUUAGGGAUGGACCGAGCUCAGGUUGACUGGCUUAGGUGUUCCCUGAGCUUUUAGACAGGUUCCAACUUCCCAGAAGAUUCCCUGUGGAUGAAUGUGGGGAAUGGGGCUUCCAUCUCAUGCCAAGUCCUCUCAUCUCUGUCCUUGACCAUCUCCUGCAGUGACAGCCCUGAUGCAGUGGAGCAGAUCCCCAGCCUCCCUGGACAAGCCAGGUAUGGAGUCAACAAGCUGGAGGGGAUGCUGCGUCCCCUCGUCGAGGACGGUCUGAAGUGUGUGCUCAUCUUUGGGGUGCCCAGCAAGGUCCACAAGGACGAGAGAGGCUCUGCUGCUGAUGCAGAGGACACACCUGCCAUCCAGGCCAUCAAGAAGAUCCGUUCCACCUUCCCAGAGCUGCUCAUCGCCUGCGACGUCUGCUUGUGCCCUUACACCUCCCAUGGGCACUGCGGCAUCCUGCGUGACGAUGGCACCAUCCAGAACGAGCUCAGCUGCCAGCGGCUGGCAGAGGUGGCCCUGGCCUACGCCAAAGCAGGCUGCCACAUCGUUGCCCCCUCGGAUAUGAUGGACGGGCGCAUCGCGGCCAUGAAGAAGGCGCUGAUCUCCAACGACUUGGGCAACAAGGUCUCAGUGAUGAGCUACAGCGCCAAGUUUGCUUCGUGCUUCUAUGGUCCCUUCAGGGAUGCUGCACUAUCCAAACCUGCUUUUGGAGACAGGCGAUGCUACCAGCUGCCCCCGGGUGCCAGGGGCCUGGCCGUGCGUGCCGUGGACCGGGACGUGCGUGAGGGAGCGGACAUGCUGAUGGUGAAGCCGGGGAUGCCCUACCUGGACCUUGUGAGGGACGUCAAGGCCCGACACCCCACGCACCCGCUGGCCGUGUACCACGUCUCGGGGGAGUUCGCCAUGCUGUGGCACGGGGCCCAGGCCGGGGCCUUCAGCCUGCAGGCGGCCGUCAUGGAGGCGGUGACGGCCUUCAGGCGCGCAGGGGCCGACGCCAUCAUCACCUACUUCACGCCGCAGCUGCUGCGCUGGCUGAGGGAGGCAGCGGCGGCGGGGCGGGCCUGAGGGCGGGGCUUCCGGGAGGUGGGGC